UACAUUGCUUGACUUCUACGGAUGAUGUCAUCGGGCAUGCAUAUAAAAAGCCGCACUGCGAUCCUUUGCAUUUCAGAUCAACUUGAGCAAUGGUAUCGAUUACUUCAUUUGUUCUCCUGGCUUUAGCAGCAUCUGUCUUUGUGAUAGACUCCUGCUCAGGGCUUCACCAUUACAAUAGAAAUUCUUGGAGUGCAUCCCGCCCAAAAAGGGCUCCAUCAGGUUUCAAUCAAAAAGCGCAGCUGAUUUACCUGCACCCGACUCAGACCGACUACUGCGGCAAUAAUAACAUUGACUGCAAACGAACGAUGAGAAGCAUUCAAAAAAUGCACAUGGAGAACGGAUGUGAUGACAUUGGAUUCAACUUCGCUGUUGGCGGCUGCACUGGAAUUUUCGAGGGAUCUGGCUGGAGAGGUAUGUCUCCGUUUGCAAUGGAUGAUGACGUUCCAUCUGUACACAUCGGUGUCAUUGGCAGAUACAGUCGAGGACAGUACAUUCCUAGUAACGUGCAGCAAACUGUGGUAUCAUUAGUGAAUGAAGGGAUCCAAAGCCAAAAGAUCGAUGCUAAUGCCGAAUACCGAUGUGUCUAUUUUGAUGGAGAUCAUUCAGGGUUUGAACUUCAGAUACCAAAUCGGUCCGAGAAAGUUUCGUGCAUCAAGAGUGUAGGGAGAAAUUGUUUUAACCAGCGGGCGGGAUAUGACUAUAUCGCAUAAUAAUUUUAUUGAUUUGGAGCUUAAAAGAUUCUUCAUUAAAAACACUUUCCAAGGAA